AUGUUUUCCCGAAGGAGCCACGGGGAUGUCCGGAAGUCCACCCAGAAGGUGCUGGACCCGAAAAAGGAUGUGCUGACUCGCCUCAAGCACCUGCGGGCGCUGCUGGAUAAUGUGGAUGCCAGUGAUCUUAAGCCGUUUUUUGAGACCCACUAUUCUCAGAUAUAUUUCAUCUUCUAUGAAAAUUUUAUAACACUGGAAAAUAGUUUGAAAUUAAAAGGUAAUAAUAAAUCACAAAGGGAGGAGCUGGACUCCAUCCUCUUUCUGUUUGAAAAAAUACUACAGUUUCUACCUGAACGCAUUUUCUUUCGAUGGCAUUAUCAGAGUAUAGGCUCAACUUUAAAGAAGCUUCUACACACUGGAAAUACUAUUAAGAUAAGAUGUGAAGGAAUCAGGUUAUUUCUUUUAUGGCUUCAAGCACUUCAGACAAACUGUGCAGAAGAGCAGGUGCUGAUUUUUGCUUGUCUUGUGCCUGGUUUCCCAGCUGUCAUAUCAUCUAGAGGGCCCUGCACGCUGGAGACACUCCUCAAUCCCAGCCCUGCUACACCUGACACAAAGAUAUAUCCAGAAGAAAUCACUCCACUCCUGCCCACUGUGUCAGGGGAUAAGAUUACAGAGGACCAAACAUGCUUUUUCCUUCAGAUACUGUUGAAAUAUAUGGUUAUUCAUUUUUCCUUUGACACCCACUAUAUCCCUCAUUUGAGACCAAAGCCAAUAUACAUUGCUACAAUCCGGGACAAUGAAAACAUUUACAGUACAAAAAUUCCGUUCAUGGCUGCUCGUGUUAUUUUUAUUAAGUGGAUUGUAACUUUCUUUUUGGAAAAAAAGUAUGUAACUUCAGCACAAAGCACUAAAAAUGGAAUUGAUGGAUUGCCUAAAUUCAUCCAGUCUGUUGGUGGUAGUGCAUUGCUAGAGAAACUGCCUGAGACAGAUGGUGACAUACCCACAGAGCAGGACAAAGAACAUUCUAACAGGAGCACCUUGUCAGAUCGAAGACUCAGUAGCUCCAGCCUUUGUAGCAUUGAAGAAGAAUAUCAAACAGUAUAUGAAAUGGUGCAGCGAAUUCUUUUGUCCACAAGAGGUUACAUCAAUUUUGUAAAUGAAGUGUUUCGCCAGGCCUUUUUGCUGCCUUCUUGUGACAUAGCUGUAACAAGAAAAGUGAUGCAAGUGUAUAGGAAGUGGAUCCUGCAAGACAAACCUGUGUUUAUGGAGGAGCCAGAUAAAAAAGAUACUGCGCAAGAAAAUGCUGAGAACGUAGGCUGUUCAGAGACUGAUAGCAAGGAGGCCUCAUCUGAAAGCUCCAGUCAUAAGCGAUCUUCCAGUUGGGGACGAACAUACUCAUUCACAAGUGCUGUGAACAGAGGUUGUGUAAUAGAAGAGGAAAGUAAGAAUGUGAAAGCUGGUGCCCAGGUGAUGCUGCAGGUAUUUUUGACGAACGCUGCAAAUGUCUUUUUGCUGGAACCAUGUACUGAGGUUCCUGUGCUCUUGAAAGAACAAGUUGAUGCUUGUAAAGCUGUUUUGAUUAUUUUUAGGCGCAUGAUAAUGGAACUCACAAUGAAUCAAAAGACAUGGGAACAGAUGUUGCAAAUACUACUCAGGAUAACAGAAGCUAUCAUGCAGAAGCCAAAGGAUAAACAAACUAAGGACUUGUUUGCUCAGAGUUUGGCAGGGUUGCUAUUUAGGACACUCAUUGUGGCCUGGAUCCGAGCAAACCUCUGUGUGUACAUUUCUCGAGAGCUCUGGGAUGACUUUCUCAAUGUGCUGUCUUCCCUCACGGAGUGGGAGGAGCUCAUAAAUGAGUGGGCCAAUAUCAUGGAUUCCCUAACAGCAGUGCUUGCAAAAACAGUUUAUGGAGUUGAGAUGACAAACUUACCACUGGAUAAAUUAAGUGAACAAAAGGAAAAGAAGCAAAGAGUCAAAGGCUGUGCUCUAGAUUAUCAGAAAGGAACUGUUGUGGGGAGGUCCUUUUCUCUCAGCUGGCGAAGUCACCCAGAUGCAACUGAGCCCAUGAGGUUUAGGAGUGCAACCACAUCUGGUGCCCCAGGGGCUGAAAAAGCAAGAAACAUUGUUCGUCACAAAGCAACUGAAGUGGAAGAGUGUCAUCAGUCAGAAAACACUCCCGGCCUGGAAGCAGGACCCCACCUGCUGGAGCAGUCACAGCAGCCAAUCCUCCGGAGCAGCAGUACGUCUGAUAUGAGGGACUACCUGUGCCCAGAUACUCCUCAGGGUCAAAAGAUAGAGAAUGUGCAGAAUUCGAGUUUUUUAGACCCUAAGCCUGUUCAAGAAAAUAAAGAAUAUAUGAAGAAAGAACAUGAAGGAAUAACGAUCUUAAUUCGAAGAAGCAGUAGCCCUGCUGAACUGGACUUAAAAGAUGUUUUAGAGAAGACAGAAGGAAAAUAUAUGGAAAUGCAAAAGAGUGAACAUGUCAACAGUGACGUAUCUCUGGGCUGUAACAAUGAGUCCGAGCUGUCCACGAGCACCUUGCAGGGCUAUGAAGAGGACCAAGAAUUGAACACUCACACAGAUGUGGUAGAUUCUGAUGCACACCAUUGGUUACAAAUGAGUCCCACUUACGUUUCAAAUGUAACAGAUAGCAGUGAAUGCCUCACAGAUGACUGUAGCAUUAUUGCUGGAGGGAAUCUUACUGGCUGGCACCCAGACUCUGCUGCUGUGCUGUGGAGAAGAAUCUUGGGAAUUCUUGGAGAUGUGAAUAAUAUCCAUUCACCCAAGAUCCAUGCCAAAGUAUUUGGCUAUCUUUAUGAACUCUGGUACAAACUAACAAAGAUACGUGAUAAUCUAGCAAUAAGCCUGGAUAACCAGUCAUCUCCGUCUCCUCCCGUCUUUAUUCCACCACUCAGAAUGUUCGCAUCAUGGCUAUUUAAGGCAACAACGUUGUCAGAUGAAUACAAGGAAGGCAAAUUGCAAGCCUAUAGACUGAUCUGCGCCAUGAUGACUAGACGCCAAGAUGUUCUACCAAAUUCAGAUUUCCUGGUACACUUUUACCUGGUGAUGCACCUUGGGUUGACCAGCAAUGAUCAGGAUAUCAUAAACACCAUAGUAAGGCACUGUCCACCUCGUCUUUUCUCCCUGGACUUACCAGGCUUUUCCAUGCUGCUCGGGGAUUUCAUCAUGGCUGCAGCCAGGGUUCUCAGUGCAGACAUGUUGGUGGCCCCCCGUUCAGAAGCCCUUACCAUUCUUGGUUCUCUUGUAUGCUUUCCAAACACUUACCAGCAGACCACAGUACUGCAGUCAAUGCUGGAAACUGAUGAAGUCAUCACAAGAACCAAAGAUAUCAAGCAUUACCUCAUAAGUAUAUUACUGAAGAAUGCCAAGGAGGAGCCAAAUGAAUGUGCAAGAUGCAUUGCCGUUUGCUCUCUUGGAGUCUGGAUUUGUGAAGAACUUGCCUGCUGUACAAGCAGUCUGCAGGUGAAAGAAGCCCUCAAUGUGAUUGGCGUAACUCUGAAGUUUCCUAACAAAAUCGUGGCUCAAGUAGCUUGUGAUGUUCUUCAGUUGCUGGUUUCCUACUGGGAAAAGCUUCAGAUGUUUGAAACCUCUCUGCCCCGGAAAAUUGCAGAAAUACUUGUGGCUACAAUUGCUUUUCUUUUACCAAGUGCAGAAUACUCCUCACUUGAAACAGAUAAGAAGUUUAUUGUUUCUCUGCUUCUCUGUCUCCUGGACUGGUGCAUGGCAUUACCAGUGCCAACCCUUCUUCAUCCAGUGUCACCAGCCCUCCUGGAUGAGCAGCCCACCACCAGAGCCCCCUUACUAGAUUACAUCUACAGGAUCCUACACUGCUGUGUUUGUGGUUCAAGCACAUACUCCCAGCAGAGUCACUACAUAUUGACGCUUGCUGACUUGUCAUCCACUGAUUAUGACCCCUUUCUGCCACUGGCAAAUGUUAAGAAUUCAGAGCCAGUCCAUUAUCAUUCAUCAACGGAACUGAGUAACCUGCUUACUGUUGAAGAAGAAAAGAAGCGAAGAAGUUUGGAACUGAUUCCUCUUACUGCUCGGAUGGUGAUGACCCACUUGGUGAAUCACUUGGGGCACUAUCCGCUCAGUGGAGGCCCUGCCAUGCUGCACAGCCUGGUCAGUGAGAACCAUGACAACACCCACGUGGAAUCUUCUGAGCUCUCCUCUGAUGUGUUCAGGAGCCCAAACCUGCAACUGUUCGUAUUUAAUGACAGCACCCUCAUAUCUUACCUUCAAAUGCCUACAGAGAGGCCAGCAGGCAAUCCACUUGUGGGUGCCCUCUCUGAUGUGAGAGUGAUUAUGAGAGAUAUCUCAGGGAAGUACUCGUGGGAUGGUAAAAUUCUGUAUGGACCUUUGGAAGGCUACUUCACACCCAGUGGAAGAAAUCCUUCAUUUCUCAUUUCAAGCUGGCAUCAUCAAAUGUUAGAACCUCAGAAAACCUUUUCUCAGAUUGAAGAAGGGGAGGAUAUCCUUGACAAAUUACUUGAAAACAUUGGCCAUACAAGUCCUGAGUGCCUUCUACCAUCACAGCUAAAGCUAAAUGAACCUUCUCCACCUCCACGUGGAAUGAGCCAGGACCAAGAGAAGGAGAUCAUCAAGAUCCUCCUGCAUCAGGAUGCACAAGAAUAUGAGCAUGUUCAAACUUCUGCCUCUGACUCUGCUGUCACAGUCACUAGUCAGGAUCAUCCCUCACCUGUAGAGCCACAAGGACCCUUCUAUUUCUGUAGGUUACUGCUCAAUGACCUAGGAAUGAAUUCUUGGGAUAGAAGAAAGAACUUUCAUCUGUUGAAGAAAAAUUCAAAAUUAUUAAGAGAGUUAAAAAAUUUGGACUCUCGGCAAUGCCGUGAAACACACAAAAUUGCAGUGUUUUACAUUGCCGAAGGUCAAGAAGAUAAGUGUUCAAUCCUUUCCAAUGAAAGGGGGAGCCAAGCAUAUGAAGACUUUGUUGCUGGACUUGGAUGGGAGGUGGAUCUCUCUACGCACUGUGGCUUUAUGGGUGGUCUUCAGCGCAAUGGCAGCACAGGACAGACAGCCCCCUAUUAUGCUACCUCAACUGUGGAAGUGAUUUUUCAUGUUUCCACAAGGAUGCCAUCAAACUCAGAUGAUUCACUUACCAAAAAGCUCCGUCACUUGGGAAAUGAUGAGGUUCACAUCGUCUGGUCUGAACACUCCAGGGACUACCGCAGGGGUAUUAUCCCCACUGCCUUUGGAGACGUUUCAAUCAUUAUCUACCCAAUGAAGAAUCACAUGUUCUUCAUCACCAUAACGAAGAAACCUGAGAUUCCAUUUUUUGGGCCUCUGUUUGACGGAGCCAUAGUGAGUGGGAGGCUGCUGCCAAGCCUUAUCUGCGCCACGUGCAUCAAUGCCAGCAGGGCCGUGAAGGGCCUCAUCCCGCUCUACCAGAGUUUCUAUGAAGAGCGAGCACGGUACCUCGAAGCAAUAAUUCAGAAUCACCGGGAAGUCAUGACAUUUGAGGAUUUUGCAGCCCAAGUGUUUUCUCCCUCUUCUGGCUACUCGCUUAGUGGAACGGGAAGUCACAUGGACCCCAGGAACCAGGUGGAACUGUUGUCACUCCCCAGUAUCCACAGGCUCCUAACAAGCUGCACCAGAUAUGCAGAUAUGUUGGCUUGCUGUGUCCCUUCCAUUUCAGAUCUAUUAAAAUAUGAAAAUCUCUCAUUACAAUAUCUGAGAAAGUCACCGCCGCCGGUUUACACCCGCCACCCCCAGCUCACCAUGGAUGAUGGCAUCGCUGCGCUCGUGGUCGACAAUGGCUCCGGCAUGUGCAAGGCCGGCUUCGCGGGCGACGACGCCCCCCGGGCUGUCUUCCCCUCCAUCGUGGGGCGCCUCGGCACCAGGGCGUGA